AUGUUUUCAUUGAUUGUUGUCUUCUUGGUUCUGAAGCUUUCCCUUCUUUUUUGCCAUUUGAGUGACCCCAGGUGCUUUUGGAGAAUAAAAGACACAGGAAGUUGUCUAGGAGAUAAAGAGUCUGAUUGUUUCUUUUCCAUUUAUGCAAAGUAUGGUUAUGUGAAGAAUGAUUAUUUCAGUGGGAAUCUAGACAAACAAGUGACACCCAAGACCAUCCACUUGAUUUCCUCUGUUUAUUUUGCCAUUGAAGAAAUCAAUAGGAACACUCAUAUUUUACCCAACAUGUCCCUAAUAGUUAAGAUUGAAUGUAACCUAAAUAAGGAUAAUAAAAAAGGAGAACUUUCCUUGAAAAAAAAGGAAAUAAUUCCUAAUUACUACUGUAAAAAUCAGAGAAGAUAUUUAAUUGUACUUACGGGACCUGAUUGGUUAGUGUCUACAAAAACUGGACGAUUCCUAUACAUCUCUGGAACACCAGAGCUUUACUGUGGUUAUUUUCAUCUUCUUCUAAGUGACCAGGAACAGUUUCCUCAUCUCUACCAGAUGUCUCCCAAGCACACAUUUCUACCACUAGCCAUGGUAUCUCUAGUGGUUUACUUCCAAUGGAACUGGGUGGGAGUGAUAACUACAGAUGAUGACCAUGGGAUUCAAUUUCUUUCUGAACUGAAAGGAGAAAUGCAAAGAAACACUGUCUGCUUAGCAUUUGCAACUAUUAUCACAAGGGAUAGGAUGAUAUAUUUUAAAAUGAUUCAUAAGUAUUAUCUCCAAAUCAUAAUGUCAUCAACAAAUGUUGUGAUCAUCUAUGGAGAUCAAGAAUCUUAUAUACAAUUUACUUUCAUACUAUGGAAAUCUAAACGCAUCCAGAGACUCUGGGUCAGUGUCUCACAAUUUGAUAUGAUCACAAUCAUAGGAGAUUUCAUGCUUAACUCCUUGCCUGGAACUCUCAUUUUCUCACAUCACCAUUCUGAGAUGUCUGAUUUUAAACAAUUUAUGCAAACAUUACACCCUUCAAACUACAGUAAUGAAAUUUCUUUUGCUAAACUAUGGUGGACUUACUUUAAGUGUUCUUUGUUACCAUCUAAUUGCACAACAAUGAAGAAUUGUCCAACAAAAACCUUAUUUAAAUGGUUUUCUGUCUCACCACUUGGAAUGUCCAUGAGUGAUACAUGUUACAACUUAUACAAUGCUGUAUAUGCUGUGGCCCACUCCUUCCAUAAGAUUCGUCUACAACAAGUAGACAGGUAUUCAAAGAAUUCUGGGAAGGAACUGGAAUUUGACUCAUGGAAGAUGUUUUCUUUUCUGAAGACUGUGCAAUUUGUAAAUCCUGCUGGAGACCUAGUAAACAUGAACCAGAAUUUAAAACUAGAUACAGAGUAUGAUAUUUUCUAUAUCAUGGAUUUUCUAAAACAGUAUGGACUUAAAAUGAAAAUAGGAAGAUUUUCUGGUCAUUUUCCAAAUGGUCAACAACUAUAUAUGUCUGAUGAAGUGAUAGAGUGGGCCACAGAUAUCAAAAAGAUGCUACCCUCCAUUUGUAGUGUGCCUUGCAGACCAGGACUCAAAAAAUCCACUCAGGAAAAAAAGGCUAUCUGCUGUUUUGAUUGUAGCCCCUGCCCAGAAAAUGAAAUUUCCAACAUGACAAACAUGGAUGAAUGUGUAAAGUGUCCAGAGGAUGAAUAUGCCAACACAGAUCAAACUAACUGCCUCAAAAAGGUUGUAACAUUUCUGGAUUAUGGAGACCCCUUGGGAAUGGCUCUGGCUGGCUUGGCUCUGUGCUUCUCUGCUCUUACAGCUGUUGUCCUCUGUGUUUUCUUGAGACACCGAGACACUCCCAUAGUCAAGGCCAAUAAUGAAACUCUCAGCUAUGUCCUACUCAUCUCCCUCAUAUUUUGUUUUAUCUCUUCCUUGCUCUACAUUGGUCAUCCCAGUAUGAUCAGCUGCAUCCUGCAACAGACCACAUUUGCCAUUGUGUUCACUGUGGCUGCCUCUAGUGUCUUAGCCAAGACAAUUACUGUAGUACUAGCAUUUAAGAUCACUGUUCCAGGAAGAAGACUGAGGUGGCUGCUGCUUUCAGGGGCACCUAAUUACAUCAUUCCCAUAUGUACCACAAUCCAAAUGAUUCUAUGUGGAAUUUGGCUGGGAACUACUCCUCCAUUUGUUGAUGCUGAUCCUCACAUGGUACAUGGACACAUCAUCAUCAUUUGCAACAAAGGUUCAGCGAUUGCCUUCUACUUUGUCCUGGGAUACAUGAGCUCUCUGGCUCUAGCCAGUUUCACUGUAGCUUUCUUGGCCAGGAAUCUGCCUGACACAUUCAAUGAGGCCAAGCUCCUGACAUUCAGCAUGCUGGUGUUCUGCAGCGUCUGGGUCACCUUCCUCCCUGUCUACCACAGCACUAAGGGCAAGGCUAUGGUUGCUGUGGAGGUCUUCUGUGUCUUGGCCUCCAGUGCAGGGAUGCUUCUUUGCAUAUUUGUCCCAAAGUGCUAUAUUAUUUUGUUGAGACCACAAAUAAAUUCUUUUCACAAGUUUAGGAAAGCACAUGCUAAAACAGAAAAUAUUAAUUGA